GAGCAGCGGUGACGACGCGAAGGGAUCUACUCGAUCUGCUCGCUUAAACGUCCCGAAAUCGACGCAACGCGACGCAACGGCGCGGCGAAAAAAAAACACAGCCCCCUUCUAUUUUCUCUGCUCCACGCAUAACUACUACACUCGCCACCCACAUAUAUUCAUAUCUAACUGGUUUUACUUGUGUGUGUGUUUCCGUGUACCCUGCCGACUGCGAUACAGAUGGGGACCAAGUCUCGCCAGAGAAAGUCGCCUCUUCCGCGCGGUUUCCCGCCUCCCAAUUCGACGAUGUUGUUCGAUGACGACCCGGGCAUCAUGUCCGAGGUGGAGACAUCAAGCACCGGAUUUAGACGGGGCGGCAAACAGAGAAGCAGCCUCCCCGUCGUACGGACCCCCAGCAAAACUCUGGAGCGACCAUUAGGUCUAGUGUUCCUGCAGUAUAGGAACGAGACGAAGCGGGCGCUACUGCCGAACGAAAUCACGAGCAUAGACACGGUGAAGGCACUUUUUGUCAGGAGCUUUCCGAAGCAACUCACCAUGGAAUAUCUAGACAGUCCUCAUGUCAAGGUUUACAUACACGACAGCAACAAGGACAUGUUCUACGAGCUCGAGGACCUUAGAUCUCAUCUGCGAGACAUACGGGACCGUAGUGUGUUGAGACUGUUCGAGAGCACUGACGGCGUGACAGGGAUGCCGGGCCCGCUGGGAAUACCCAGCGGCGGAUCAGGGCUGCCACCACACUGGGAGGAUCAAAGCUACUUCAGCGAGCCGGAGUUCGACAGCGAAUACCAACAUCAGCACAUUCACAAGAGCAAGACGGCGAAGAACUCGACUUCCGGCAACAGCGGCUAUUACGUCGGCGGAAGCAGCACGUUGCCGCGAAGCGGACAGCUGAUGAGGGCGUACAGUCCGGCGGCGUCGUCCGUCGUCGGUGGCCCGACCGCGACGCCCACCCAACCGUUGCCACUGGCCAAACCAGGUGGUGGCGGGGUGCCGCCGGCCAAGCCGCUUCGCAGCUACCAGUGCGGUAAGACUCCCAUCGGAAGCCUCGGGGGCUCGGCUCGCUUCUCUAGAGACAGCUCGGUCUCCCUCUAUAGCAUAGCAGAUCGAUUGCACGGGGAGACCGGUUACAUGAGCAGUCCGGAGAGAGGUGGCGGAGUUGGUUCCGGGACCGGAAGAUACCCGGCUGGACCGUACAGUGCCGGCAGCAGCUACGAGGACCCGUACUACUCGCAGUACUCGGGAACCGUGACGCCAGUCAUCGACGAGGAAGCCAGCGAUACGGAGCUGUUGGAGGAAUCAUACAGCCUAUACGGUGUGAAACCGUCAGGCCGUCAGCCAUCCGGUCCUCCGCGAUCCCCGUUUCCUCCAGGGGCGCCACCACCUCUGCCACCUGGUGGACAGAGCUACGACGCUACUCGGAUAAGGGUCGAACACAUGGAGAGACAGUUGGCCAACCUGACGGGACUAGUGCAGAAGGCUCUGACCCAUGCCCCUCACACGAGCCCGUCACCAAGAGAUUACCUGCAGGUGCCAGCGGGUCGCGACCCUUACGCGAGAGGUCCAGGCGCCGGGGACGAGUUCGACAAACACUCUAGCUCCAGCUCUGCCUCAUUGCCAGUGUCUCAACCUGCCGUUACAGAUGACUCGUACUUAAGGACUGACGUAAAACCACCAAAGUUAGGCAAAGACAAGUCGGUGUCGUUCGAAAAGUCAGUGUCCUUCAGUGACGAGCCACCAGACAUGAACUCUCCCAAACAGCAUUCCCCGCAACACGCAGCGGACACUAAGCCAACGAAACCGGCGAUCAAAUCCUCCACGUUGCCGAGGAUGUCUUCGCAAGAGAGAGACAGGCACAAACCGACUCCGCCACCGAAGCCAGCCGCUCUGGUCGCCGGACAGUAUGUUUACCGAGACCUAGCUCUAACACCGGAAAUGUACAACCAGCUGCGAGGCUUGCAGAAGAAGGCGAAGGAUCUCAGGCAAGAGGUUAGAAACCUGAGGCGUAUGUCUCAGGCACAGGCACACACCGUCAGAGAAACCAUCAGAGACACAUUCAUCACCAUUAGGGCCAUGUUGCUGUCGGGUGGAGAUGCUGCUUGGUCAGCUGGGGACGCGGAGAAGGUUCGACUGAGCCGCGAGGAAGACCUCUACAAGCAGGAGAUGCUGAGGCUGGAAAAAGAUCUGACCGAGCUGGAGAGCACGGUGGAGGAACUCCGUGGCAACGUCAUCAACAGGAAAACGCGUGUCAAUAUGUCGGACGUGGAGAACAUGGCCUUGAUCCUCAGCAAAUCAAGUAAAACGGUAGCGGAUUUGAAGGUGCGAUUCCCGAGUCUCCAAGAGGGUUUGAAGGGUCUCUUGAGCUCCGAGAUGGAGAAGGUAGUGCGCGAAGAGAAGUUCCUCAAGGAGGAACCAGAGCGACUCGAGUCCGCGUUGAGGCGCUGCAAGAAGCUUACCGGUACCCUCGUGACGCUCAAACGCUUGGCGUCGGUGCAAGAGCAGCGAUUACCAAACGCGGCGAGCGUGGAUGCCGAGGAGACGCCUCCCAUAACACCUACGUCUGCCCAACAUUCCAAGGCACCUGCCCCUGUGCCAGCGGAACGCACUGUCGUGGGGUCAGCGAGCGUCAUCGGGGGAGGGUCCCACCCUCACGAACCACCCGCCACCCAUCAGCAGCGUCCGGAGAACGCACUCGACGCUCUGCUAGACGAAUUGCAGACCUUCUCCAGACCGAGUUCCCAGUUAGGUCACGUGCCUGGCUCAUCAACGGUUCUGUCAGACCUGAGCAGAUCGGGUAGCAGAGAAUCCACCAUACCGCCGGCCACCGGUACACCAGGACGAGCCCCGUGCAUCUCAGACAUAGGCAGGAAAGGUAGCGUGGACUCGUCCAGUGGGAUCCUGGCCAGUGGAGCCGUGGUAGGUCCGGCCGGGGCACAGAAUCCCGGCGGGACCCUGAGAAGAUUGCAUUCUUACCCAUCGAGCUCGGACACGGACACCUCACCACCCAUAGCAAGACUCCAGGUGUCUUUGCAGGAUCAACCGAGCCUACCAGUGCUACCCCAAGGCUUCGUGCCUGGACAGAAGCCACCAGUUCCCGAAAGGAACGCGGAGUUGUUGCAGUUAGCUACUGCCAGGAGGGUACCACCACCUCCGCCGCCCAGGACCAGUUCCAGAUCGCCGUUAGCCAGCCCAACAAGCCCUCAGUUGCCACCCAGAAACCACGCUUGCAAUUUAAUGACGGGCAACUCAACUCUGCGCAGGCCACCUGCUAGGGGAACCCUGCCAAAGGAAGGCAAACCACCCAUGGCAUUACCUACCGAGGCGACGAACAGCUUGGUGCCAUCAUUGGAGCCAGUUCUGCACAACUCCUCCUCUUCUCAAUCAUCCGCAGUGCUGUCCGCCAGUAACUCAAGCUCCUGCGAGAGCGUGAACUCGCAAGAGGGCGUGCAGAGCAGAAAGGGCCGGCAGGAGCAGCUGGAGCAACGACACCAAGAACUACUACGGAAGCAGAAGGCAUUACAGGAACAGUACGCACGGUUGCAGCAGCUGCAGAGGAACACAGCUGGUUUAACUACCGUUCCACCAGCGCCGCCAGAUCUUCUGAAAAAGACCGGAUCGGAGAGCAACCUGCUGGCCAAGAUGGGCCUCGGCCUCAGCACUACCAGCUCAGGCUCGUUGACCAGCCUGACCGGUAAACCGUCAAUUUCUCAGGAGUCCUCAGUGGACGGUCAACAACUCGUUCGCCAGGAGGAGAACGGAGAGCAAGAAACGACCAACAUAGUCGGUAACUCGAUCUGCAAUACAGGCGCGGGUACAGGCGUAACCAGCGAACUGAACGGCCAACCAACAAACGUACCAGCGACUACCGGCAACAUCAUCUCGACUGUCACACCGAACACGACCAGCACCAUCAACACCAGCAACACCACCACGACCACCAGCAAGAUCUACGAGACCGACAUUCUGUGACCUAGAGAUCGAUCCUCAUUGAUCAAGAUCACCGCCGAAGUCGUGCUAGCGAGUUAACCCUUUCGAUCAGCGUCCCGCAUGCGGGCUACGCCCAACACGAGAGUAUUCUUGAUAUAUCUAUACACACAUACACAGGCAUGCAUACACACAAAGGCAUACGGACACCAUGAUUAUACAAUUAUUCCGCAUGGCGGGGAGUUCGAUCCGAGAGAGGGCGUUAAAUCCGUGCCGACAUCUGGAAGGGUUGACGCAGCGCUGUUUGGACGCGGUUGAUUAUCAUUACGAAACUCACGACCACGGGACGCUUUUCAGUAUUAGGGGAAUCGAAUUCGACGGGUCAGCCUCUGUCAACCAGUAGACGAGGAACGCGUCUGCGGCCGUUCCUGCAGGCGUCCACUGCGCAUCGCUCGAGGUGUACGCGAGCGCCGGGAUUCCCCGCGUGCGGCGUCCGCCCAUGCGCGCGGUCCCCGGGGACCAUGCACACCGAAACGGUUUCGAACGGCGGGAAAGUAGGGAGAGAGUACUGCGUAGAGAAUGUUUAGAGCGAGUCAACGCGUAAUUUAUAAUAUUGAUUAUCAUAAUUAAACGGUAAUAGUAUUAAUAAUCGUA